CAGUUCCCGACGCGCUUUACGGCGCUCCUGCCGUGUUGCGCGGCGCUGCUGGACCUGGCGGCGGCGUUGGCUGUAGCGCAGCGGUCUGCACGGACGUUCUGUGGCGGGGGCUCGCGCUGGGAUGACCGCGCGGUGCCCGGCCGCGGAGCGGAGUCAUGGCCAGUACAGUGGUAGCAGUUGGACUGACCAUUGCUGCUGCAGGAUUUGCAGGCCGUUAUGUUUUACAAGCCAUGAAGCAUGUGGAGCCUCAAGUAAAACAAGUUUUUCAAAGCCUACCAAAAUCUGCCUUCAGUGGUGGGUACUAUAGAGGUGGGUUUGAACCCAAAAUGACAAAACGGGAGGCAGCAUUAAUACUAGGUGUAAGCCCUACUGCCAAUAAAGGAAAGAUCAGGGAUGCUCAUCGACGGAUUAUGCUCUUAAACCACCCAGACAAGGGGCAACAGAACUGUCAUGAGAAUGACUGUAACCAUGGGUAGGGGACACGCCAAUGAGUAUUUUGUUUUCAUAGUGCAGACCUCAGUGACCUGGAGGAAUGCAUCUACUUCAAGAGGUUGCUGCAGACAUUGCUCCAUGGAAAUGUGUGCAAACAGUUCUUAGAGCCUUUCACCUACUCCUACAUAAAAUGAAAACUUUGAUGUAGCUGAGAUUCCAAAGCUAAGCAGCACUUAGUUCUGUUCCUUGCCCACAAACAAAAGGAGCCAGUUAAGUAACUUGUUUUAUAGUUCUUAUGGAAUACAGCCCCUUAAAUUUCAAUAAAAUUGAAAUUUCAAGGAAAAACUAUAGACAAUUUUGUGGCAUAAUCAGCACCCUGAAAUUCAAUUGACACCACUAUAGUGUUUAAGCACAGGAAAGACCACUCAACGGAUAAUUUAUAUACAACUAAGAGCAGCUAGAAAUUCUAUGAAAAGGAAAAACACCUAUCAACUUUGUGUUGGGGCUGUCUCCCUUGCUGGGGCACGAAGAAACUGUGAAAUCAAUUGGAAAUAAAGGAAUUUGGUAAGAGGAAACACAGUGGUUCCAAAGAAGAGUGAAAACAGUAUCAGAUAUAGUAUGCAACAGCACAUUACUGUCAAAUGAUCAAAACUCCAAAUUAGUCAUUUCAGUGAAUUCUGUUCAAAAUCAUCUAACUUAGAAGAAAUCCUGUUCUGAUAUUUUUAUGUCUGUACACUUAAUCAUGAUCACUGGGGGUUAAAUUAUGUUGAAAUGUAGUCCAGGUUAAUAAGCCCAUAUUGAUAGCCUGGAUUUUCUUAUUUACAAAGUAGGGCUAGAAAAUAUUCACUGCUGUGCCACCUUCAAAACUGAAAUUCAUGACCUCUUCAACUUAAAACACAGUUCUAACAUUAAGAAGGGGAAGAAGAAAUAUAAAAGGAAAACAAAUUCUUCAAUAGUAUUUGAUUAUUAUUUAUAUGUUCAUCUAUCUUUAAAACAUGAACUCUUCAGAAUGGGAAUUAAUGCCCUUACCUAGACUUCCGUACUGUCUCUGUAACCUCUAUACUCAAAAGAUUUACAAUUUACAUUAUUUGGGGGGAAACACAUGAAAAUACAUGUUUUGGAAAGAAUGCAAAAAUUGAUUGGUUUGAAAGGGGUUUAUUUCUACUGCACACAAUUUCUUCAUGGUGAAUAUACAGUGAUUCUCUGUACAAUAAGAAAUGAAUGUGUUCAAAAUAUAGACAUAGCAAACAUGAUUCUUUCCAGUUACCAAAACUUGUGACAACAUAAAAUAUUGAAUGAAACUAAGUAAAUACUAUUUGAAUGAUUAGUAUGUGUAAAGGAAAACACAUCACACUACGAUAACACAAAAACAUUAACAUGCAUCCUCUUUUAAGAAAA